AUGGUGAAGAUGUCAACACUCAGAGUGACUGAGAGUUGGGAGAAGGUGGACCUGAUGUACAUCUCCAUCGAGAUCACUAUCGCUCUGGCAUCGGUGCUUGGGAAUGUGCUGGUGGUCCUGGUGGUUUGCAUGAACCAGGCUCUCAGAGACCCGACUUUCUGUUUUAUUGUUUCUCUGGCACUGGCUGAUAUUGCGGUCGGCAUUCUUGUCAUUCCACUGGCGGUGGUCCUCAGCUUGGGUCUCAGCACACUGUUUUACAACUGCCUCUUCAUUUCCUGCCUCCUCGUCAUCAUCACCCAAAGCUCCAUAUUAUCCCUGCUGGCCAUCGCCAUCGACCGCUUCCUACGUGUCAAAAUCCCCACCAGGUAUAACAUCAUUGUUACGCAGAGGCGGGCGUGGGUAGCUGUGGGUUUGUGCUGGCUCAUCUCGUUUCUGACUGGUUUAGUGCCGAUGGCCGGCUGGCACCGCACCCCACCCAUAAAUGUGAGCACGACGGCCAUCGAAUGCCAGUUCACCAACGUCAUGUGCAUGGAUUAUAUGGUCUACUUCAACUUCUUUGUUUGGGUGGUGGUGCCCCUGACCAUCAUGAUCGGCCUGUACGCCGAGAUCUUCCGUGUGAUCUGCCGCCAGCUCAACCGUCGAGCUGAGGCCACCUGCGACUCGAGCAAGUACUACCGUAAAGAGCUGAAACUUGCAAAGUCAUUAGCGCUAAUUCUGUUUCUGUUCGCGCUCUGCUGGCUGCCACUGCAUAUUAUGAACAGUAUUGUGUUUUUUUGCCCUACAUGCAACGUGCCCAAGAGUGCUUUUUAUGUUGGCAUCUUCAUGUCACACGUCAACUCCGCACUCAACCCGGUGGUGUACGCCUUCCGCAUCCAGCGCUUCCGUGAUACGCUGAUUCAUAUCAUCCAGCGAUUCGUGCUCUGUAAAACCCCAUCAGCCAACCUGAGCCAGCACGCUCCUGGACCCAUCACAGAGAAAACCCAAGUUCAGUAGCAACUAAGACUGAAGACUUUAUAUAUACAAAGAAUGCAAUGCAACAUGUAAUAUGGCGGAAUAAGUCCCGCCUUCUAAAUAAAAGAGCCAGUCAGCAGUUAGUAAAGUCAUUGCUUUACUGCAGUUGCCAUUAGGAGCUCCAGUUGAAAUAGAAACAAUCAAUGUUUUGAGAGGUGCACGUAGGACUGCAUAUGCUUUUUAACGGUGUUUGAGCAUAAGAAACAACAUUUAUGGACCGUUCAUGUCAGAUUUUGUUGAUUUCCCCAUUUAAGUUCCCUAUUCAGACGUGGUUUUGGGUGCCUGAAAUAGCUGCCUGAUGGCAUUGAAAAUAUGGAACAGACUUUCACACACUGUCUGGGUUUUAGCAACUGACUGGCGAAAGGAACUAUGCAAAUCAGGAAACAACACAAACAUACCCAAAAAAGUGCAGAACAUUCAUGCAAUGCAUUUCUCCAUUUUAUAUUCUGAUUCUGUGCUCUACAUAGUGGAGGAUGCAGCGAACUACUGCAGUCUGACAUUACUGCAGUUCAUGCACCUGAAUCAGCUCUUUAAAAUGCAGAAAGCGCGUUUGUCUACACUGUGUCUGGAAAUAUGCCCAGUUAUAAUGCUCUUCUCCAUCAUCUGAUUAAUUACUGGUGCCACAAUGUCUCGAAAAUGUACAUAAACAUCGCUUUUCCAGCGUAACUGUGUCAAGCAAAUAACAAGCUUUGUGAAAAUUCAACAAUAAGCCUUAUUUACAUAGCAAGGAGGCAUGUUUGCACUGGACAUAAUUACUUGAAUUAAAAAUUCAAAGCGCAAUGCUAUAACGCACCUGGUUAAGUUGGAAUAUGGUGAUUUUUUUUUACUGAAAUAUUGAAUGUAAAAGCAGUGCAACUGUAUAGUGAAUUUACCACUGUGAGUUCAACUAUGGACAGAUAGUUCACUAAAAACUCUGCAGCUUCAAAGAUCUCUCUUUUGAAUAAUAAAAAUAUUUUGUGUGCUGAUGUGGCUAAGCACUGGAUGAUUUAUUACACUUGGCAUGCACACCAAACAACUAGUGAAUGGAGUAAAAUGGUACAAUUUAACAGAAAUGAACAGAACCAAUUUCCCAACAUUGAGCAGGACAAACCAAUAUUCAUUACAGUCCCAAUGCUUCAGGUUUCAAUUUUCCACCAAAGAACAAAACAACCAAUAUUCAUUACAGCAGGUUUUUCAGCUACUGGCUUGGAUUUGGUUGCACAUGUGAGUGCAAUUUCUUCAAAUAAAAAUCAAUAUCAUGCAUUGAAGAAUUUGCAUUUAUUAAAGGUGCUGUAUGUAAUUUUUUAACUGUACUAAAGCAUAAAACAAUGCUACAGCCAGAUUCUACUUUGAAAAUGUGCAUUCCGUGUCGGAAUGACUGUUUUUGUUUUGGUCUCUGUGACUUCGCCAUCAGCCCGUUUAAUCAAUAGUAUUUUGACACCCUGGGUUGCCAGAGCAGAAAAACAACAUAUGGCAGCCAUGGAAGCCAACCAACAAAGUGGGUCAGGAAUUGCAGAUUCUACCUGACCAAAAACCUCGACAUCCAUCUAAAAAUCUCUAAGGCCAGGGGAUUAUUAAUACACGGAUAAAUUAACUCAUCAUCUUACAGUGUAAGGCUUGUCACCUUCCAUUGUUAAUU